GUGCGGGGGGGGCAGCGGCGGAGCGGGGAGGCCGGAGGAGCGCGGGGACCUGCCGCGCAGGCCGGGACUGGCGGGCUCGCUGACGGCGGCAGGUGCUCCGCGCUGACCGCGACAACGCGCCUGCGGGCUCUUUGCGGGAAGUUUGCGGGCGGGAGGAGGGGAGCCGCGGCGGGACUGCAGCAGCCGGGCUGGAAAUGCCCCUGAGGAGCCUCCUGCCAGCGGCGGGGCUGCGGCAGCGCCGCUGAAGCCCGCCAGCCUGCCGGGACGCCGCUUCCUCCGGGGAGGGAGGUGACCGAGCCGGCCGCUCUGCGGCUGUUCCGCCCCCGCGGGGCUCGGCUCUUCCCGGGGUGCGGAUCCGGCUCUGGGGUUUUGCCCUUUGCUACCGCCAGGGCUGCAGAGUGCGGUCCUGCGCACCCCGCUCCCGGCUCCGCGCCGGCGCCCGCCGCUGCCGCCCGCCCCACCGGGCAGGUCGGUGCCCGCUGCCGCCGCAGCCCCCUCACGGCUGCAUGCCCGCCGCGGUCUCGGCACGGCUGGAUUCGCUGGAGUCCUGGGCCUUCCAUGCGCUGCUGGUGCUGCCCUAUAUGUUUUACGUGGGGUUGUUUUUUGUCAACGUGCUGAUCCUGUACUAUGCCUUCCUGAUGGAGUACAUCGUGCUCAAUGUAGGCAUCGUCUUCCUGCCCGAGGAUAUGGACCAGGCUCUGGUGGAUCUGGGGGUGCUCUCCGACCCCGGCUCCGUGCUCUACGAGACGGACAGCGAGCUGGAUGUUUUUGAUGGGUACUUGGAGUGACGCCCCGGGGCGCUCCGAAGUGACUGCGGGGUGACGCCGCGGGGCCGGGGCCGGUGUCCCGACAUGGCCGUAGCUCGGGGAACGCCCCGGGUACCCUCGCAGCGUCUCGGCUCCUUCUGCGCAGCAUCUCUUCCAAAUGGCCCCCCCUUCUCCCGGUGCAGGGGCGAGCGGGGCGGCGCGGACCCGCAAAAUCUCCACGUUAAAAACAAAGGUGGUUUGUUGACUCCAGGAUACAGAGCAGACAGAUUCAUUAAACACCUGACAUGGAUUGUAACCAGGUUAAUGGAACAAGUAAUGAAAGAAGCUCUGAAAUGUAGAGAUGAAAAGAAGGAUAAGGGGACAAGAAGAAGAGUUGUCAUCAGACCUUGUCAGUUGUGACUUUUCCUCAUGAGUGUGCACCAACUGCAGAGAUUCUUGCACCAUACUGGGCUUCCACAGGUAAUUCUGGGAUGGACUGUAUGAACAAAUAAUAUAAGCUAUGUUCUAGUAUAACAGAAAAUCAAGACGUUACUCAGAUUUGAUAAACUUUGAAUAGAUACCACGUCACCUGAAUGGACACGCUCUCCAUAACUGCUUCAGCGAGUUUUACAAUCACACACUGAAACUCUACCAGCCAGUAGUUCAAAGACAGCGCUCUCAGGGGAAAACAUGCAGGAGUGACUGCAAGGAGGUUCUGUUCAGGGCAGGGUUACGGCAAGAACUGUGCUAGUAAGAUAUUUUAUUUAAAUUGUGAGUUUUGAAAUAGAGAGUGAAUUUUAUAUGUCAGAUGGAUUCAUUAUCUAACACGAUAUAAUACUUUGCAGAUUGUUUAAGCUUGUGUUCCUAUGUACAGACAUGAAAGCAAUAAAGACUGACCUUUUCCAUGAAAAAGUAAA